AUGGGUAUUUCUCCGGUGAAGCUCGCUGUCUCGUCUGCAGCCCUCUUCCUUUCCACUGCAGAGGCAUUCUGGCGUCUGCCUUGCCAGGCUCGUUCUGGUGUUGGCCGUCUCGACCCUCUCGUCGAUCCUGGCAAGCCUGCCGAUCACGUCCAUGUUAUUCAUGGUGGUAACAACUUUGGAUUCGACACCAGCUACGAUGACCUCAUGAAGUCUGAGGGAACCUCUUGUGAGGUCACUCAAGACAAGUCUGCAUACUGGACGCCUGCUUUGUACUUCCAGCACGCAAACGGUUCCACUGAAAUGGUCGAAGAGCACGGCGGCAUGUUGGCAUACUAUCUCCUCUACGGUGACAACAUAAAGGCUUUCCCUGCUGGCUUCCGUAUGCUUGCCGGCGAUACCCUCCAGCGCAACUUCACCCUCCCCGUUCCCGACCCGCCCAAGUCUAACUGGAAGGGCGUGGAUCUUACCCAAAAAUCUCUUGCCCAAAAGGCCCUUGGUUUCAACUGUCUGGACUACAGCAAGGACCCUGAGCCCUCGCUCUACCGUCACUUCCUGCCCGACAAGAGCUACCUUGAUGCAAACUGCAAGGAUGGUCUCCGUCUGGAGCUCAUGUUCCCCUCCUGCUGGAAUGGAAAGGACCUCGACUCCUCCGACCACAAGUCGCACAUGGCCUACCCGGACCUCGUUAUGACUGGCGACUGCCCCCAGGGCUAUGAGACUCGUCUCGUCUCUCUCUUCUAUGAGACGAUUUGGUCCACCGAAGCGUUUGCCGGCAUUGACGGCCAGUUCCUUCUCUCGAACGGCGACCCUACUGGCUACGGUUAUCACGGAGACUUCAUUGCUGGCUGGGAACCUGAUUUCCUCCAGAGCGCCGUCAAACAGUGCACCAACCCGUCCGGCGAGGUGUCUGACUGCCCCCUCUUCAACCUCCAGGAUGAGACCAAGGCUGCCCAAUACACUUUCUCCACGCCUCAGGAGCUCUCUAGCGAGAAUCCCUUCUUCGGUGAGAACGGAAUUCCCGGAAACGUCCCCAUUCAAUCUGGCCCUGCUUACGCCACCCACGGUACCAUGGCCCCCACUGCCUCUGCUAGCAGCAGCAGUGCUUCCGCCACCUCCGCCUCCGCCUCCAGCUCCAGCCAGGUUGUGCCCACUCAGAGCUACGCUGCUGGCAGCAGCGGCGUUGUCUACGGAGCCACCAGCAGCGCCCAGGGUAUUGAAUACAUGGCGCAGGCCUCCCCAUCUUCUGGCUCGACUACCUCGGCAGUUGACACCUCCGUAACGGCUGCCGCUGUCCCCUCUUCUUCGGGCGACCAGAUGCAGACCACUUUGAUUACCAAGGGCAACACCGCUUACGAAGUCUUCAUUGCCAGCGAGACCGUCACUGUGACCGCUUCUGAUGCCACCGUUACCGCGACCGCCUCCACCGCCGUGGUCACCGAGACGGACGGUGCUUCUUCCCGCCGUCGGCGUCACUUGCACAACCACCAGCACCCGCACAACGCCUUUUAA